CAGAGCGAUUCCUCCUCAGCGUCUCCGCCCCCCGCCAUGGCCGACGUGGAGGACGGAGACGAGCCGGGCGCCCCCCACUCUCACCCGGGCUCCUCGGGCGCCAAGGCGGGCGCUGCGGACAAGAUGUUCUCGCUGAAGAAGUGGAACGCGGUGGCCAUGUGGAGCUGGGACGUGGAGUGCGACACCUGCGCCAUCUGCCGGGUACAGGUCAUGGAUGCCUGUCUUAGAUGUCAAGCUGAAAACAAACAAGAAGAUUGUGUUGUUGUCUGGGGAGAAUGUAAUCAUUCCUUCCACAAUUGCUGCAUGUCCCUAUGGGUGAAACAGAACAAUCGCUGUCCCCUCUGUCAACAGGACUGGGUGGUCCAGAGAAUAGGCAAAUGAAAACAUUGACAGUUUUUCUGUUGAACUUGUUUGAAGCAAUAUUGUCUGCUGCCAUAUAUCCAUAUGAAAGGGAGGAACACUCGUGAUUCAUUCAAUUUAUAUCUAUGUUAAAAGAAUACUAUGGUUUUGUUGUGCUUGAACAUGCUCUGAUGUGUUCGUGUGCUGCCAUUUUCUCUGAUCUUAUUUCAACAUCCUUCCACAGCUAAGGACCAUAGGCACACUACCUUAGUCUGUCUCUCUGUCAGUGUUCUGGUGUAAAUUAUAUCAACUGCUUAGAAAUGCUGUGGUGCCGAAAAUACAUAAUUACAAUCUACCUUAUGUUUUUGGUAAGGAAAUAUAAGAAACCAAUCCAUUCAAAAAGAAGGCCUUGUUUAUGUCUGAUGUGCUGUAUAAUUGAUUGAAAAAAAAUUCUUGCCAUUCAAAUAAUAUGCAUUCACACCAAACCACCAUAAAUAAUUUUGCCUGAUAGUGAUUUUUUGACUAAAAUAAAUAGUGUGUGAAACAUUUUUAUUGUUGUUUUUUCCCGUCCCUUCCAUCCUUCACCCCCCCCCCUCCCCCCCGGUCCCCAUUAUGGUAGAAACCUCUUAUUUAGGUUUUAGUACAGGCUUGUUUUUGUGAUGGCUUAAGAAAUCUGACCCUAUAGUUCAUUGGAUAUUAAUAGCCUUUUCCUUUAUAAUGAUAUAUACAUGGUUUCUCCAACAUACAAUUUUAAACUUUUACUAUGUUAGGAUUUUUAUUGUAAUUUCUAGUAAAAGCAAUGGGGGAUGUAUUUAAUCCAGCAUUGGGCCAUUUUAAUAACCAUAUUUGAAAUUAAUUAGCUGGCGAUGUGCAAAUAUUGGUUAGGAACUAGCUGAUCUUGGAUGUAUUUUAGAUCAAUUGAGAACCAUAUCUAUAAAUUGUUUCAAAAAUAUAAUUGACAAAAUAGAUGUUAUAAAGAAAGUAUAUGCUAAUAUAUGCUAAAUAACGUAGCAAGAAUCUAAUGCAGCACAUUGUUUCAUCUUGUCAGUAUAGGUAGGUCUAUUUGGGAAUAUGUUUUGUAUCCCUUUGUCUAUUUCAUCAGAUUGGUAGACUUAUAUUUUCAUGUAAUAACAAUUGUUGUUUUGCCUUUUGUAAUGGGAAGGCUUCAUUUGGUUAUUUUUCUGUACGGACAACGCUGUUUUAAUUUCUGUUUUUCUUACUUAUAUUUAACUGCUUGUCCUUAAUUCUUUUGGUUGUCUUUGCCCUAUAAUGCCUACAGGAAACACUUGGCCUAUGAACAAGAUUUGAGUGAGUUUUAAAUAUAUGACAAGUUUGAAAA